AUGGGUUUAAUUGCCCGUAAGGCGUGUGUGUUUAUCUUCGUAUUCGCCCUUGUCGCCGAAUUUGCGUUCGGGAAUGUCGAAGUUAACGACGACAAACACUUUUUCCACAAACCUCGACCGUACUUCCACAAACCUCGUCCAUACUUCCACAAGCAUGGCAUUUACAAGAAGGGUUAUGGAAAGGGUUUGGGCGGCGGUGGCGGUCUAGGUGGCGGUGGCGGUCUAGGAGGCGGUGGUGGUUUGGGUGGAGGAGGUGGUUUAGGCCACGGUGGCGGUUUGGGCGGAGGAGGAGGAGGAGGCGGUUUGGGUGGAGGAGGCGGUCUAGGCCACGGUGGCGGUUUGGGCGGAGGCGGCGGUCUAGGCCACGGGGGCGGUCUAGGUGGAGGUGGAGGUCUAGGAGGAGGUGGUGGUGGUGGUUUAGGUGGAGGAGGUGGGUUAGGCGGUGGAGCUGGAGGAGGAUAUGGUGGUGGUGCAGGAGGAGGAUAUGGUGGUGGUGCUGGAGGAGGAGGAGGAUUUGGCGGAGGAGGAGGAUUCGGCGGUGGGGCCGGUGGUGGAGGAGGAUUUGGAGGUGGUUAUGGUGGUGGUGGUGGACAUCAUUGA